CUUCUUCCCAUGAUGCGCGCCGCCCCCCACGUGACUCUGCGCAAUGGCAAUGGGUGGGGCCGGCAGUCCCCCUCGGAUUGGCGGUGACGUUAGGGCACCGGUCGUAGGUGUCGUCUGUGCAUGCGGCUGAGUUCACGGCAGAUGGCGGGCGGACGGUUGGCUGGAGGCGGUUCCCCGAUGCCCAGGGUUUAGGAGCCGUUGCUGUGGAUGGAAAGACGGGGACGUGAGCGGCCAUUGAGGGUGGCCAGCAUGCCGGUGAUCCCUCCCGCCACCCCCAUCUACUCGGUGUGCGGGCUGAGCUUCGAUGGAGGACCACAUGACGGGGUACAACAAGAAGCGUUAUGAGUGCGACGUGUGUGGCAAGGCCUGGCAGCACCCGAGCCAGCUGGAGAUCCACCAGCGGGUGCACACGGGAGAACGCCCCUUCGACUGCUCCGACUGCGGCGAGAGCUUCCGGACGGCACAUGAGCUGAAGAACCACCGACGGGUGCACACGGGCGAGAAGCCCUAUGGUUGCUCCACUUGCGGCAAGGGCUUUGCCCGGUUGUCGGGGUUGCGGGUCCACUGGCGGGUGCACAGCAGUGAGCGGCCCUUCAUCUGCUCCGACUGUGGCAAAGGCUUCAAGUCGUUCACGGCACUGAAGGUGCACAGGCGCCUGCACACCGGGGAGCGACCCUACAUCUGCAGUGACUGCGGCAAGGCCUUCACCCGCUCCAGCAGCCUGAUGGAGCACCGGCACACCCACACCGGCGAGCGCCCCUACACCUGCGCCCUGUGCGGCAAGGGUUACACCCGCUCCUACAGCCUGCUGGAGCAUCAGCGCACCCACACCGGCGAGCACCCUACACCUGCGCCCAGUGCGGCAAGGGCUUCACCCACUCCCACAGGCUGCUGUCCCACCAGCGGGUGCACACCGGCGACCGUCCCUUCCCCAGGCCCUUCAGCUGCUAUGACUGCCGCAUGGACUUCAAGGGGGCACAUGACCUGAAGAACCACAUAGCGGGUGCACACAGGCGAGAAGCCCAUAGGCUGCUCCGACUGCGGCAAAGGCUUCAAGUUGUCCACAGAACUGAAGCAGCACAGCAGCACAGGCGUCUGCACACCAUUUACUUUUGUUAGAUACUAUUCUACAAAAACAUUCUAUCACCACAUCGGCUCCAAUUAUUUAAUUAGUCUGUUCAUACUGUUCGCUUAUGUUAAUCUUAUUCAACAACAGAUGGUUAAUACAAAUCAAAGGCAAAACAAGAGAAUCUUGACAUUAUUCUAUCUCAUCUUUUAAGCGGCCCACGCCACCAUCCCCAUUCCGAGCCAAUCAUAAGCCUCCCAUUUACUACAACGUAUCUACGCUACUAGCGGUAGAGGGCGCGGGUGAUCCACUGUAACGUCUCAGAAAUGUAAACAAGCUUUGUUAUCUCCUCCCAUUUCAUGUUUACAUUUACCAUCCGCAAUUCGUCACAUUCCCAGACUGUAGGUAAUACGUCCA